CCCUGGCGGGCAAGGCGUGGCGUAGCACGUGAUAUCCAGCCCAGAGACCCGGGUCUAGCACUCUCAGGCUCCUCCUGUACCUGACUGGUCUCCUCAUGGACUGCACCGUGGUGCUCAUCACCGGCUGUUCUUCGGGCAUUGGCCUGCACCUGGCCCUGCGUCUGGCAUCUGACCCGUCCCGGAGUUUCAAAGUGUAUGCCACGCUGCGGGACCUGAGGGCGCAGGGCCCGCUGCGGGAGGCGGCCCGGGCCAGAGGGUGCCCUCCCGGCUCCCUGGAGACCUUGCAGAUGGACGUGAGGGACGCAGAUUCCGUGGCCGCUGCCCGGACACGCGUGACCGAGGGCCGCGUGGACGUGCUGGUGUGUAACGCGGGCCGGGGCCUGCUCGGGCCGCUCGAGGUGCUCACGGCGGGGGCCGUGGCCUCCGUGCUGGACGUGAACGUGGCCGGGACCGUGCGGACGCUGCAGGCCUUCCUGCCGGACAUGAAGCGCCGCCGCUCGGGACGCAUAUUGGUGACCGGGAGCAUGGGAGGCUUGAUGGGGCUGCCCUUCAACACCGUUUACUGCGCCAGCAAGUUCGCCAUCGAAGGUUUAUGCGAGAGUCUGGCGGUUCUGCUGCAGCCCUUCGGGGUCCACGUGAGCCUCAUCGAGUGCGGCCCGGUGCGCACCGCCUUCCAGGAGAAGCUGGAGGGCGGCCCGGGCGGGCAGCUGGACGGCGCAGACGCCGAGACCCGCGAGCUCUUCUCCUGCUACCUGCGCCACUGCGAGCAGGUCUACUGCGAGGCGGCGCAAGACCCGGAGGAGGUGGCAGAGGUCUUCCUCACCGCGCUGCGCGCCCCGCGGCCGGCCCUGCGCUACUUCAGCACCGAGCGCUUCCUGCCCCUGGCACAGCUGCGCCUCUCCGACCCCAGUGGUUGCAGCUACGUAGCCGCCAUGCACAGCGCAGUGUUCGCCGACGAGCCCGCCGAGGACCCCGACGCCCGGGCGGAGGCCGGAGCCGGAGAAGUGGGGGGGCCCUGAGCUCGGCGCUCCUCCCGCUGCCCCGCAAUAAUAAAGGCUUGGUCCAUCGC